AUCCAUUUUCACGCCUAAUUCCCUUCUUUUAUAGCAGUUCAGUAGCUCCAUCACGCCUUGCCGCCGCCUACUCCUCCACGGCGCUUACUGCUGGCGCCGUCCUCCGCCGCAUCUCUUCUUCGCCCAUCUUCUCACCCAUUUCUGUUCUUAGGUAUUCUCUCUAUCUUCCUUAUUCAUCUUAUAAGUUUCGAUUCUUACAAUGGAUGAACGUCUGUAAGCUCAAACCGAUGGAAUCGGACACUGGUUUUGCGUAAUCGUGAACAUUGCUUCGAUUGUUCAUACUUAAAAACAAUCGAUUUUGGUGUUGGUUUAGUUGAAAAUGGAAGCUCAAUGUUCUCUCUCUCGGUUUUGCCCAAAUCUGUCCAUUCCGUUGGUUCUAUCUCCUAAACAUCCGAUCCUUUUGAAGUUUCCUUCCUAUUCUUCUCGUCCGUCCUUUGUCCGAACCAAUCAUUCCACUUCGAAUAGUGUUUGGUUCAAGGAGAAUAUUGCAUGUAGAAAGAACUGUCAAGUCGUUGCGAGUUCCAGUCUCGAAGGGGAUGUUUCAAGAAUUGUGAUUAGGAAGAAGAAACUUGCUGUUUUUGUCUCCGGUGGAGGCUCCAACUUUCGUUCAAUACACGAGGCGUCUGUAGAAGGAUCAAUUCAUGGAGAAAUUGGUGUUGUGGUUACCAACAAAAGUGGUUGUGGUGGUGCAGAAUAUGCAAGAAGUAAGAACAUUCCAGUUAUUUUGUUUCCCAAAACAAAAGAUGAACCCCAUGGCUUAUCUGCUUCUGAUCUUGUAGCUACCCUUAGAAGUUUUGAGAUAGAUUUCAUUCUUCUUGCUGGAUACUUAAAACUUAUACCCCUGGAAUUGAUCCAAGCCUAUUCCAAAUCUAUAAUAAACAUACACCCAUCACUUCUUCCUUCUUUUGGAGGCAAAGGGUAUUAUGGAAUGAAGGUGCACAAGGCAGUGAUUGCCUCCGGAGCUCGAUUUUCCGGUCCGACGAUUCAUUUAGUCGAUGAGCACUUUGACACUGGAAAGAUUCUUGCUCAAAGAGUGGUUCCUGUGCUUGCAAAUGAUGCAGCAGAGGAUCUGGCAGCUAGAGUUCUUAAGGAGGAGCAUCAUCUUUAUGUCGAGGUAGUAGCAGCGUUAUGCGACGAUCGGAUCGUUUGGAGAGAAGAUGGUGUCCCUCUCAUUCAAAGCAAAGACAAUCCUGAUGAGUUUUACUAGUGAACUGAAAAAUGCUUGAAAUUUGAGGCUCGGGUGUUUAGUGUUCAAAUGAGAUCCAUGUUUCUCAGAUUCUCUGUAAUAAUAAUAUCUGCAAACCAAGAAGUUUGAGCUUCUUCUGCAUAAAAUAAAGUAGCAGCCUGCCCUGUCUUGGAAGGGUUCAUUGAAACAGUAGAGGAAUCAUUUGACUAUGUAUAACACAGUUCUUAGUUUUGUGUCAUCUGUAAGCUGUACCCAGGUCUGAGCUGAUUUUU